AUGUCAUUCCCAAGCCACUGAGUGCCGUCCACUCCUUCAAUGCACUGCUCAGAGAUGGCCUUUGGUGUUACAUUCCUCCUGGGUGUCUUCGUGUCUUGUCAUGGAUUCAACUUGGACGUGGAAGAGCCCAAGUUCUUCCGAGAGGACGGAGCUGGUUUUGGACUGAGUGUGGUCCAGUUUGGCAGUUCUAGGCUUGUGGUGGGGGCCCCCCUGGAGGUGAUGGUCGUCAACCAAACAGGACGCUUGUACAACUGUGACGCUGCCACCGGCCUGUGUCAACCCGUCUCACUUCACACACCCCCAGGGACCCUGAACAUGUCCCUGGGCCUGUCCAUGGCAGCCUCCAUCAACCACUCCCAGCUGCUGGCCUGCGGCCCAACGGCACACAGAGCCUGUGGGGAGAACACGUACACAGAGGGAUCCUGCCUCCUGCUGGACUCCCGCCUGCAGAGCGUCCGGACACUCCCUGCUGCAGAGCCAGAGUGUCCAAAUCAAGAGAUGGACAUCGCCUUCCUCAUUGAUGGCUCUGGCAGCAUCAACCCGAGCGACUUUAAGCGGAUGAAGGACUUUGUCAGAGCUGUGAUGGGCCAGUUUGAGGGCACCAAUACCCUGUUCUCACUGAUGCAAUAUUCCAACAUCCUGAAGACCCACUUCACCUUCACCGAGUUCCAGAGCAGGGCCAGCCCUCAGAGCCUGGUGGACCCCAUCGUCCAGCUGAGUGGACUGACGUUCACAGCCCUGGGCAUCCAGGAGGUGGUGAAUGAACUAUUUCAUAGUAAGAAUGGGGCCCGCAAAAGCUCCAAGAAGAUUCUCAUCGUCAUCACAGAUGGACAGAAAUACAAAGACUCCCUGGAAUACAGGGAUGUCAUCCCCCUGGCUGAGAAAGCCGGUAUCAUCCGUUAUGCCAUUGGGGUGGGCGGCGCUUUCCAGGAAUCCCGCGCCAGGCAGGAGCUGGACGCCAUCGGCUCCGUCCCCUCGCAGGACCACGUGUUCAAGGUGGACAAUUUCGCAGCGCUUGGCAGCAUCCAGAAACAGCUACAGGAGAAGAUCUUCGCGGUUGAGGGAACCCAGUCGAGGACAAGCAGCUCUUUCCAGUAUGAGAUGUCACAAAAAGGCUUCAGCUCAGUGCUCACAACGGAUGGACCCGUUUUGGGGGCUGUGGGGAGCUUCGGCUGGUCUGGAGGGGCCUUCCUGUACCCCCCAAAUGCAAACCCCACCUUCAUCAACAUGUCUCAGGAGCAUGAGGACAUGAGGGACUCUUACCUGGGUUACUCCACCGAACUGGCACUCUGGAAGGGGGUACAGAGCCUGGUCCUGGGAGCCCCCCGCCAUCAGCACACUGGGAAGGUGGUCAUCUUCACCCAGGCGUCCAGGCAAUGGAAGCCGAAGGCUGAAGUCACAGGGACCCAGAUCGGCUCCUACUUUGGGGCCUCCCUCUGCUCCGUGGACGUGGACAGAGAUGGCAGCUCCGACCUCGUCCUCAUCGGGGCUCCCCAUUACUAUGAGCUGACUCGGGGGGGCCAGGUGUCUGUGUGCCCCUUGCCCCGGGGGAGGGCUAAGUGGCAGUGUGACGUCAUUCUCCGUGGGGAGCAGGGCCACCCCUGGGGCCGCUUUGGGGCAGCCCUGACAGUGCUGGGGGACGUGAAUGGGGACAGGCUGACGGACGUGGCCAUCGGGGCCCCGGGGGAGCAGGAGAACUCAGGUGCUGUCUACCUGUUCCGUGGAGCCACAGGUCUGGGCAUCAGCCCCUCCCACAGCCAGAGGAUUGCAGGCUCCCACUUCACCCCCAGGCUCCAGUAUUUUGGGCAGUCACUGAGCGGGGGUCAGGACCUCACCCAGGAUGGACUGGUGGACCUGGCCGUGGGGGCCCAGGGGCACGUGCUCCUGCUCAGGAGCCAGCCGGUGCUGUACGUGGCUGUAGCCAUCAGGUUCACGCCCUCCGAGUUGGUUCAGGCCAUGUACCAAUGCUGGGAGGAGGUGCCCACCGCCCUGGAAGCUGGGACUGCCACAGUCUGUCUCACCAUCCACAAAAUCUCCCUCGACUGUCUAGGUGACAUGCGAAGCUCUGUCAAGUAUGACCUGGCACUGGACCCAGGCCGCCUGACUUCUCGUGCCGUUUUUGAAGAAACCAAGCACUGGACUUUAAGUCGAAGCAAAACCCUGGGGCUGGGGGAUCACUGUGAAUCCAUGAAACUGCUUCUACCGGGCUGCGUGGAGGAUGUGGUCAGCCCUAUCGCCCUGCGUCUCAACUUGUCCCUGGUCGGGGAGCCCAUCCCCUCAUCCCAGAACCUUCACCCCGUGCUGGCGGAGGGCUCAGAGGACCUCGUCACUGCUUACCUGCCCUUUAAGAAGAACUGUGGGCAAGAUCGCCUGUGUGAGGAGGAUUUGCAUGUCAACCUCAGCUUCUCAGGCCUGCAGACCCUGGUGGUGGGGGGCUCUCUGGAGCUCAACCUGACAGUGAGCGUGUGGAAUGAGGGUGAGGACUCCUAUGGAACCUCGAUCAACUUCUACUACCCAGCAGGGCUGUCCUACCGACGGGUCUCGAGAACUCGGCACCCCCAUCAGCGUCCACUGCACCUGGCGUGUGAGGCGCUGCCCACUGGAAACGAGCGCCUGAAGUGCACCAGCUGUCGCGUCAACCACCCCCUCUUCCAAGAGGGCACUAAGGGCACCUUCAUGGUCACGUUUGAUGUCUCCUACAAGGCCACCCUGGGGGACAAGUUGAUUCUGAAGGCCAAUGCCAGCAGUGAGAAUAACAGACCUGCAACCAGCAAGUCCACCUGCCAGGUGGAGCUUCCCGUGAAAUACUCUGUCAACACAGUGAUCAGCAGGCAGGAAGAAUCCGCCAAGUACUUCAGCUUCUCAGCGUCUGGUGAUAAGAGCAGUAGAGAAGCCGAGCAUCGGUAUCGUGUGAAUAACCUGAGCCAGCGAGAUCUGCCCAUCAGCGUUAAUUUCUGGGUUCCCGUCCUGCUGAACGGCGUGGCAGUGUGGGACGUGGCUGUGGUGGCCCCUUCUCAGAGUCUCUCCUGUGUGUCAGAGAUGGAACCUGCCCAGCAUUCGGACUUCCAGACCCAGAUUGCAAGGAGUCUUGUGCUGAACUGCUCCAUCGCUGACUGCCUGAGGUUCCGCUGUGACGUCCCCUCCUUCGGCAUCCAGGAGGAACUUGACUUCAUCCUGAAGGGCAACCUCAGCUUCGGCUGGGUCAGCCAGACACUGCAGAAGAAGGUCUUGGUGGUGAGUGUGGCUGAAAUCACGUUCGACACAUCUGUGUAUUCCCAGUUCCCAGGACAGGAGGCGUUUUUGAGAGCCCAGAUGGGGACGGUGCUAGAGGAGUACGCGAUCCAUAACCCGGUGCCCCUCAUCGUGGGCAGCUCUGUGGGGGGCCUGCUGUUGCUGGCUCUCAUCACGGCCACACUGUACAAGCUUGGCUUCUUCAAACGUCAGUACAAAGAAAUGCUGGAAAAGAAGCCAGAAGAUAUUGCCACACUCAGUGGGGAGGAUUUCAGGGGUGAAGCCCCACAUCUGCCUUUGUCCUGAUAACCUUUUCCUGCUCAUCUCUAGCCCCACUGGCUGGUCUUGCGUAGCCUACAGCUCUCUUCUGUGGGGAUCUCUUCUGCAUACAUCUGGACUGGAUUGAGCAAGUUACCAGGGGCUGUGCUAUCUUCCCAAGACCGUGAAAGAUUUUUUUUUUAUGUUUUUACAUAUC